UUUUUAAUAAUAUAACUUCGUUAUUUUCAAAUAUAAAAAACAAAUUUUCAAUUCACACCAUGUACUGUUUUUACUGCCUUUAUCAAGGAGGAAGCAGCGGUUUACUUGGCAAGAUCUGCAUAUUACUUGAGGAACAUAAAUUAAAUUUUGGGCAAAUUUCAGUUUUAGAAUUAUUAAACGGUAGUUUAAUACUGUUGAUUAAUUGUAUUAGUGGAUUAUGUAACUCAUUAAAUUACUUGAACAAAAUCAAUUCGCACGCAAUAUUCAAUAAAUUUCAACAAGCGUGAUUAAAGUAUGUGAAUGAAUUUUAUUUCAUGACCGAAAUUCACAUUUGAUGGUUGUUCCAAAAUUCCGUAAACAGAAGGCAAAACUUUCAAAUUAUCCAGCGCAAUUUCAGUAAACUAUUAUAUUUUUCCCUUGUGCUUUUGUAGAGUACUUGUGAGUUUCCGUCGUUAUGUAACAUACGCGUAACAUUAAUGACCCCAGCCCAUUUUAUUCAGUGAACCUUGAUCUUUAAAAUAUUCUCUUAAUGUACUGGAAUCUGAGCACGUGAAACACGUAAACUAUAGUAUAAUGGAACAUCAAACUAGAUUUCCUCAAAAGUAAUUUGUAAAAUUGUUACCGAAUACUAAAGUGCUCGAAGGCGUCAUUCGUGCGAUGUCUUUUUAAUACUGCGUGUAUUGAAAAUUGGUGGUAUUCGUUGAUCAUUCACUGGGUUUAUGAAAAAAAGUCAAACAAAAUAUUUUCAAUUAUGCAAAGAAAUUCAAUAAUACUAAAACUCUUGUUUUACAAUAGAAUAAAACGUGUCGUAUACGAUAGAUUAAUAAUUGAUGUCAUAUCGCCUAGAUUCAGAGGAGGACGGGGGCUUUCAAAUAAUGCAGCGCCAUAAUUUUGUUGUUUGCAGUCAAAUAAAUAAUAUCAUUGGUAUAUAGAGCGACAGGUGCGAGCACUUGUUUCGAUUAAUGAUGGGAUGCAAUCGAAUACAGUCCGCCACACAAUGCCCCAAUAGACUCACCGACUUUGCGUUAUGGAAGUCAGCCUGCUUUCAGUUAGAGAAAUAAAUAAUUCAAAGCGAGCUGCGGAUGACCACUCUAUGAAGAGUUUGGCACCAUCCAUUCAACACUGCUGAUUGGAAAAUCUGGCAAAUGAAAUUAUCCUUUUAGUGUUUUAUGAUCUGUAGCGAGGUUAUUUAUGGUGUGUUCGGAUUAUAACAUUUUUUUAAAAUUUGGAACAAGGUAAGUUUAGUAUAUGUUUCAAAUGGAUAAAGUAUAAUGACUUCAUUUUGGUACAUGUAAAUUUUUAAACGUACAGAUGUUAUACAUUCCCAUGUUCUAAAUAUAUAUAUAUCAAAACAAAAGGUGCAUCUAAAAAUAUUCAUAGAUAGAAUAAUCUUUCUUCUCGUCCCUACGAUUUAACGGAAUUUUAUGCAGUUUUUUUUUUUCACAUCUCGCAUACCUGCAUGAUUAAAUUACUUAAUACACGCAUACUAAUUAACAACCAUUAAAGUUGAAAAUAAACCAUCAUUUGUUUUACCGUUUGAUGUUACCAAAGAUAAGUACGGUAUUAUGGGAAGUAAACCCCGUCUAACGCGGCAUCAGAGUCAUAUCAUGCUUACUAACUAUUGAUUCCCGGGUCAGUUGAAGUAAUUUGCAUAACCCCCGAGCUCAAAUCGGUUGGUACGUCGUACAAUCUGUAAUCGAUGCUUAUAACACCACGAGGGGCAUUUUUAAAAACCUGAUUAAAAGUAAUAUAUUCUUUUUUUGUCGAGGCAUGCAUCUAGUUACACACAAAACAUAAAAUUGUUUUGUCUACAUAUAAAUGGAGCAUACAUAAAUUACAGGUUUUAUUGCCAUCUAUGGGAAGUAAUUGUUAUCACCACCGGUGAUUAGAGAAUGGAAUUAAUUAGAAUAAGGAAAUGAGAAUCAGUGUAUUCAGGUAUUUCGGUUCAACGUUUCACACGCGGAUACGUUUUACGACAAUAGCAUUAUUAGAUUUGGGAGUUUGUGUUUAAAACUUGAAUUCAGAUGAGACCUAGAGAAGGUACUGGUCAUUCUCUUCCUAUCCCCGCGAUAGACGUUAAAGUCAGAAUAUCUAUACUGUUCUAAAAUCAUCAUGCAGUAGGAAGAGUUCAAAAUAUGCACAUAAUACAUUGUCAAAUUAUCUCACCAACAUUUUAUCGAUUAUAAAUUUAAUUUUCAGUUAAUAUGCAUAUUUUGACUUAAGUUUAAGUCUAUUUCAAUAUCCCUAAACUCGCGACCACAAAGCCCGUGUUCUCUCGAGCUCCAUAGGGUAAAUAUAUUUUUCUGGGACGUAAAAAUGCAUAGAGCCAUUCAAUUUUAAGACCUUUAAUGAACAUUGUAUAAUGAACGUAAAACCGAGUAAUUCAACAUCUAUCUGAAUAUAAUGUUUACUAUUUCUUAAAAAUAAAAUGAAACAAGACUAGCAAUCUUGUUAUGCAAAAAUAGCAGAUUUAAUGUUUGAGAAAUAUUAUAUUUUCACUUUAAAGAUGCAGAAACUUUUACGUUUCUUGAUAUUCUUGUAUUGCCGAUCAUUGACUAAAUACAUUUUUUAACUUGACUGAAAAAAAAUUCUAAACAUGUCACGAUAGUCAAGAUUCUAUCUGAAGUCCAUUUCCCCUAUUAUGUCUGCUUUUUAUGGAAAUUAGAUCGUAUUUUCAAACGUAUUUGCAAACUUUUUUCACUGUUCUAAAUCUUAACAGACAAGAAACCGGAGUCUAUAAAAAUGGCAUGUUCCAUAUAGAGAUUAACGCGCCCACUGUCGCCCAGAACCAAGGUAAAUCUGCUUAAUCUCUACAUACAAUUAAGCGAAACGAUUGACAAUUUAAAAGCAAGCUAGACCAGGCAUAAAUAAAUAAAUGUUCUAUUGUUAUGUUACAGUUUUGAAUUCAAAAUUGAAUUUUAAACAUAUCACAUAUCAUACCAAUGAAAUUUUGAUAUUUUUAUCCUAGAGUACAGUGUAUAUCGACAUCCAGAAAGGAAAUGUUGUGUUGUUUUUUUAAUUCGUAAGUGCUUCGAUCGUCAGUGACAAUGACCUCCAACAAACAAUAGAAUUCUUAAGCCGCUUCAUAUCUUCUGCGAAAGUAUUUAUCUUUUUUACUCUCACUCUAAGAAUGAAAGCCUGUCACGCUUUGCGGAUAAAAAUGCAAUCAUUAUCGAGAUGCAAGUGAUUUUAUGUUCUCUAUGAAGGCUGUGUAAAUCUAGUUUUACAGUGUUAAAGUGUGCAUGAAGAGUAAGCGGAUAUCAUUAUGUUAAACUUCAUCAAAAUCUGUUCGUUUAGCAAUUUUUAUUAAACAAAACCAGUCUGUUAAAAAGGAGAUCGUUGACGAAUCAAUGGGCUUUCAAUAUUGCUUCCUUUACAUGUAGUCAUGCUGUACCGGUUCUUGUUCUAGUUUUUGAAUAAUAAAUAUACAACAAUUAGAACAUUAAUUUUUAUCAAGUAACUCGCAUGAAAAAUAAUUAAUCAUGACUGCGGCCGAAUACUUCAACUACAAAUGAGGUGUUUGGCUAGGUAUCUUGACAUUUAUUUUUUAUAUUUGUUACUGAAUAUUUAAUUGGCCGAUUUAAAGAUAUUUGCUGCAAACAAACAUAUUUUUGAAAUAUUUGGUAAUGAUUGAAUAUCUAUGUUUAUUGAUUCUAAUUUUCACUAAAACGCGAUUUCCUCAGCUUAGAAGGUAUACGUUUUCUUUGUUAUAUAUGUUGAUUGCCGGUCAACCCCUUGGAUUUACAUAUCCGUGCUCUACAUUUAACAUUUCUGUCUAUGCUAACUAUUUCCCCACAAAUAUAUUUUUAAGUUGAAUAUUUUGGAGGAAGUAAUUCCAGUUCAGUUUGUGUUCAAGAUAACAACAAGCCUGCAGCGAAACAUGUAGUAUUGGAAAUAUACGUAGAUACAGGUACAAUAAUCAACGGAAUUCGAAUUAACUGGCAAUCUAAAAUGGCUACGUUUAUUGAAGACGAGAUGUCCCGGCUAAAAACCCAUAACAACUAUGACCGGAAUCAUUUUACAAAAAUAGUGUGUUCUUACGUUUUCAAUUUCACACAACAGUCAUCAAUGAACAAUGCUGCUGCUAACAAGACGAGGUAGUUCAACUGAUACCAAAGUGAAAUUGUAUUCACGAGAAGACUUUUCCGUCAACACUACAUUAUUUGUACAGAAAUUUCACUAGAUACUGACUGCACAGUGCACUACUGGAAGGCAAUGGAGAGUGUGUGUCUAUUUAUCCUGUAUUUUGUUGGUUUUCUCAGAGCUUCAGAUCUCAAUAAUGUUAUCCGUAUUGGAUACAUUACUGGGUCCAGAGCUAAAGAAAACUUUGGAUUUAAUAGUCGUCACGGCCAGAGGAUUUCAGGGGCGAUAACUUACGCUAGGGACCAAAUUAAUAAUGACACGGGUGUUCUUCCAAAUCACACCCUGGAAUUCGUCGUGGCUGAGACCUACUCACAAGAGAUUUACAGCAUCAGAGAAACCGUGGAAUUGAUAGAUAAAAACAUUUCGGUAUACAUAGGACCCCAGGAAACCUGCAUCCACGAGGGAAGAAUAGCUGCUGCUUUUGAUUUGCCCAUGAUAUCCUAUUUUUGUGCAGCAGACGACGUCAGCAAUAAAGUUGAAUAUCCAACCUUUGCCAGAACGAAACCAACUGCGUCACAGAUAUCUGCAAGUGUCGUCUGCAUUUUAAAGAAGUUCAAUUGGGAAAAGAUAACUUUCAUCCACACAGCGAAUCAAGAAAACGGUUUACCAGAUACCGUGGCAACCAUUGAAAGUCUGAUGAGAGAUGAAGGCAUAAAAAUUACCUACAAGAGAAGUUACAUUUACCCGUAUUUUCACGGAGAGACAGAAAACCCCUUUACCAGUAUAGUGGCCUCAACGCGUGUGGACACGAGAAUAUACGUAGUCCUGGCCCAGUAUUAUGAGUUCAUAGGAUUGAUGGACCACUUGUAUGAACUGGGACUUUUGGACACGGGGGAGUAUUUUGUUGUUGGAGUGUGCCUAUCGGAAAGUGACACCAUCACUCCUGAUGCAUAUCUUAAAGAACUGAUAAAAACAAACAGAGGGAAGGACCAGACAAAAGAAAGGCUAGAAGCUUUCAAGUAUUUCAUUGGGGUCGUGGAAUCGCCCCCAAACUACGAUGAAUAUGAAGAAUUUAAACGGAUAGUCAACAAGUAUCUCGAAGAACCACCUUUCAGUUUUCAGACCCCUUUCAAGGUCAACAAGACCAUUGAGAAACGACUAAGAACGGAGGCAGCCUAUCUGUAUGAUGCAGUCUGGCUUUAUGCAAAAACUGCGCACAAAAUUCUGGAACACGGAGGAGAUAUCAGAAACGGCACUCACAUCAUUGAAAGUCUCAUCAAUACUACCUACAAAAGUGCCAUGGGAUACACAACUAAAAUAAAUCAGAGAGGAGACUCGGAAGGAAAUUUUACAUUGUUGGCUCUUAGAAAGGAAAAAUCCAUUUGGGGCCUAUAUCCCGUAGGGGUUUUUAGACAGACAUCCGAUAAAAUGCCCGACUUCGAGUUUUACGAGGGUAGAAACAUACCGUGGCCCGGGGGACAAAUUCCAGUAGAUGAGCCUGCCUGUGGAUAUAGAGGUGAACACUGCAUUGAACCCAAAAAGUACAUUCUAGAGAUGGGUUUAGGGAUUACUGGCGGGGUCCUGUUGAUUAUCAUCAUUAUUGGAACUCUAUGUUACAGAAAUUGGAGAUAUGAGCAAGAACUUGCAAGCUUGUUGUGGAAGAUCGACUUCAAGGACCUGGCGAUUGACUGUAUUGACACCGGCACAUCAAUGUACUUCAGCAACAUAACCAGAGCCUCAAGUACAAUGUCCUUGACCUCGCAAUCUGACAUUGACAAGAGGCAGCUUUUUACGUGUGUCGGUACAUACAAAGGCAAUCUUGUUGCCAUAAGAAAAGUGAACAAAAAGAACGUAGAACUCACACGGAGCAUUAAAAAGGAAUUGAAAGUGAUGAGAGAAUUACGUCACGACAAUGUUAACCCUUUCAUCGGGUCGUGUAUUGAUGCGCCAUACAUCUUAAUAGUGACUGCUUAUUGCUCAAAAGGCAGCUUGCAGGAUAUUCUAGAAAACGAUGACAUUCAACUUGAUUUAAUGUUCAUUGCAUCCAUCGUCUUCGACAUCAUUCGGGGCAUAACUUACCUUCACGAAAGCGAAAUAAAAUCGCAUGGGAAGCUGAAGUCGAGUAACUGUGUUGUUGACAGUCGGUGGGUUGUGAAAAUUACAGACUUCGGGCUCACAGAAUUUAUGUCGGGUACGGAGGAGCCUUUGGAGGAAUAUGCCUAUUAUAGAAAUUUGUUAUGGACUGCGCCUGAACUACUUCAGUUAAAACACAGGGGUGGAGGUACACAAGCAGGUGAUGUGUAUUCAUUUGCAAUUAUUUUGUACGAAAUCAAUGGCAGGAAGGGGGCAUACGGAAACUGCAAUCUAAGUCCCAAAGAAAUUAUUCUUCGAGUGAGGGAUGACACCAAAGAAGAAUUUCGGCCACGGCUUGCAGAACUGGAUAAGGCACCUAAAUUCGUCACUGAUGUCAUUAAAGAAUGUUGGGCUCGGGAUCCAGAAAAGAGACCUGAUUUCAAAACUGUGCGUUCAAGAUUAAAGGAAUUGCAAAGAGGAAUGAAACCAAACAUUUUAGACAAUAUGAUAUCCAUCAUGGAGAAAUAUGCCAAUAACCUAGAAGCCGUGGUGGACGAGAGAACGGAGCAGCUGAUUGAAGAGAAGAAAAAGACGGAGGAACUUCUUCAUCAAAUGCUACCAAAAUCGGUGGCAGAACAGCUGAAAAUGGGUAAAGAAGUGGAGGCGGAGUCAUUUGACUCGGUGACGAUAUAUUUCAGUGACAUCUGUGGCUUCACCGCCCUGUCGUCUGAAAGUACUCCGAUUCAGGUUGUAAAUUUGUUGAAUGAUCUGUAUACUUUAUUUGACUCCAUCAUCGAAAAUUACGACGUUUACAAAGUAGAGACAAUUGGUGACGCGUACAUGGUUGUAAGCGGGCUACCCAACAGAAACGGAAUCGUCCAUGCUGGGGAAAUAGCUUCAAUGUCGCUUCAUCUCCUAGAAGUCAUUGGGAAUUUCAAGAUUCGUCAUCGUGAAAACGAUACGAUAAAAUUAAGGAUAGGGAUUCAUUCAGGCUCUUGUGUGGCGGGAGUGGUGGGGCUGAAGAUGCCCAGAUAUUGUUUAUUUGGCGACACCGUGAACACGACGUCCAGGAUGGAAUCCAACGGCGAACCUCUACGGGUGCAUUGCUCAUCUCAGUGUAAAACUAUACUGGAUGAGCUUGGUGGAUACCAGAUGGAAGAGAGAGGUUUAGUCUCAAUGAAGGGAAAGGGUGAGGUGUUGACGUAUUGGUUGAUUGGAGAAGACAAAUCCUUCCGUAGGAAGCGCAUAUCGGGUGUAGAGACUCCUCGCAGCAGCCCCACUUUAUCCGGAAAUAAUAACCAGAACCAGACAUUGUGUAACUGUGAGAAGUCAGACUUCAUUUACAUGGACAAUCGACUUAACCGUACGUUUAUUCGAAGGCACUCUUUGAACGAUCCCUCUAACGUCAAUGGAAAUGUGCCUUCACAGUUUCCCCUUCACACACACAGAAUUUCAAGUUUCAAACACAGGAGCUCAAAUAUGCCUUCCCCAAGACUGGUAAAACAAAUCCAAUUUAAAGAGAUCGAGGAAGAUAAGGGCAAUGCUUGUGAUCACAACUUAGAGUUAAUUCCCUUGAUAACCAUUGAUACAAGGAAAUGACUGGAAAUGUCAGUACAAGGAUGAAGAUCUCAGGAGUUAUCUCCAUUUAAUUUAGGAAUAUCCAUUUGUAGAUCCACAAACUUAAAUUAUGCAAUGUUUGUAUGUUUAUUGUUUCCCCCCGUUUUUGUAGUUUUACACUCUGCUGUUUCUGAUUCUAUUUUUUUUUUACACCCGGUGAAGUAGAUUAGCUAAAAUGUUUUCGUUUUACUUUUGUGUUCAUGCACAUUUGAAAUUAGAAAGAGUGUAAGUUUUAUUUACUUGUCUUCAUAUAAUUUACUGCUGGGUGCACCAACAUAUUUCUGUGAUAUAUUGUAUAGUGGUUAUUAAAUUUCUCAUCUAUUAAA